AUGGCGCUGACGGUGCGGCGCCGUGCGGUGUGCGCCCUGGCGCUCCUCGCGCUGCUCUGCGGCGGCUGCGUCUCGUUUGUCUGUGGGGCGGACGCUGAGGAGGCUCAGACGACCGGGGAUGUGAAUGUGUCGGUGGAGGUGUCGUGCCCGAACACUGAGAAAAAGUUGAGUUGGCGCGUUGCCGGCGAGGGCGGUUCUGCUGCCUGGAACACGUGCCCCACCACACCGGGGGGUUCGGAGGGCAGUGGAGGCGCUGCUUACAGUAAUUCCAUCUGCCUCACUGCCGGUUCGGUGUACCUGGAGAAGUUCUUGACGGGGAAGUGCCCUGCAUCCCAGCCAACGGAUGGCGGAGACGCUGCUUUGUUCACGAUGAACUGUACGGCGGCCGCAAACAGUGCGCUGCACAAUCUGUCGAAGGGCGAAACAGUUACCAUCAGUCCAACUGAGGAUCCACUUGGCGAGUCCGGCGAUUGUGAGCUCCCAACCACCAGUCAAACCGCGGCUGAAGUGCGGUCUGGACCCCAACCGCAUGGACAACAGCAACCAGCAGGCCCACAGACACCACAACCACAACCGGGAGCAGCACUGCCAGCGGCCUCAUCUGCAGCACAAACUCCGCAAGUAGCCCGUGCGGGGAAUGGAGGCUCCACUGCUACUGUUGGGGAGCAGCCAGACAGUGCGGAGCGAGGCGGAAGUCAGGAGCCAUCGACAGAAGGUCGUUGGGAAACACCAACGCCAUCGGCUGGCAAUGCGGCUUCUUCAGCACAGACAACAAACGGGGCAGCCGAUGCACCCGGAGGUACACAAAGAACUUCAACCCCCCAAGGCCCUUCCGACACGCCCAACGCCGCCCCUUCCGCCGGCGGCAGCGAUGCAACCACCACUACUACAACGACGACCACCACCCGCGGCCCUAGUGCUGGGAACGACGCGAAAGGCAACACGAAAGGCAGUGCCAUCAACAGCAACACCACUCAGAAAGCCGUGCCAAAUACUGCGGAUCGCAGUGCCACCUCCACUCCGUUUGUGGACGCAUCUUUGCUACUGCUGCUGCUCACAGCCGCCCUUGCCUGUGCUGCUGGGUAA